AUGCAGAUUCAGGCUGUCCGACGCAAGUACGCGUGCGAUUGUGCAAUGUUUGCCCAGACCGGGUGGCAGUGCUCUCAUGUUCUCGCGGUUAAGGUUCUGCAAAAGGAAAUCGACGUGAGCAGAUUUCUCACUGCGCUACCAACGCGAAAAGCAAGUGGAGGUCAAAGGAAGACAAAAAGCUGCCUUGCUAAAAGCAAUGACGAGCACCAGUUCUCCGUCGAUGUAUUGAUCAAGCGGUAUCUAAAGCAGCCCAUCUACCCACUUCAUUGGCACGUCAUGCGGGAUUUCGACAUCAGGACCAAGACUGGAGUGUCCAAACGCGAGAGCUUCUGUGGAACAGUUGUGUCGUGGGGUGAUAACGACGGUGUCUACUACUGGGCAGUCCAGUUCCCGAAACUCAAGAAAACUCUGAGACUUGAGUGCCAAGAGCUUGCUGAAUGCACCCACGAAGCAUACAAGCACGGUGUAGAUGUAACUGGGCUCUCAUCGGCCGAAGCUGUCGUUUAA